AAACUUGAAUUCGAGCUUAUUUAUUCAAAAUUUUAUCAGGUUCAAACCCAGCAUAUUUAUAUUAAACAUUCUUUAAAUUAGUCUUUUUACUUAGCUCUACAUCUAAAACUUCAAUUCAAGUUUGUUUAUGUAAAAUAUAUAUAAAAUUUAGAGUGUAGUUAAAUUUUAAAUAAUAUAAUAAAUAUGACCAAAAAAAAAAUAUCAAUUAUGAUGUAUAAAAAGAACACAUAAUUUCAAGAUAAACCACAAAGAAGUCUAAAUUUGGAUACUUAAUUAAAACAAGCUAAAUGUUCUCAAACUCAACCUCAUCUCAUUUGCUGGACGAGCUUUAAAGUUGGGAUGAUAAAAAGCAUGCGGUGGGAACGGAAGUUGGAAGGGCAAAAUUAGGCGUAUUUUGGGUGGUUUUGGAAGGAAGGUGUGAGCUGUCUACGUUGUCUAUUAAUAGACAAAGUCUGGCCCACCAAACUUUGUCUAUUAAUGUGACAUUUCAUCGUCCAUAUCGACCCCAACCUGCUUCUUCUUGUCCACUUUCGCAUGUUAACUCCCAUAAAAUAUUAAUUAAUUAAAAUAUCUGGUUAUUUACAAAAUAUUCAUAGUUUGUGAAUUUAGCUAAUUAUAUUAAAAAUGGGUGAAUCAUAAUUUCUAAAUUUCUCUUUGUGAAUGGAUAGGCAUGAAGAUGAUUGGUGUAGUGAAUUAUGGAUUAGUGUCUUAUUGUUGUUUGGGCCUUGAAAUUAAAAAAGGAAGAAGAUGAAAACAAAUGGGCCUAGAGGCCUACUUUAGUUCUCCAGCCCAGUCUGUGUUCUCGCGGCUUCAGAAGAUUACUACUAGUUUGUUUAACAAGGGCCCAUGUCUAAACUAGUUGAGUCAUUGUAGCCCUAGAAGUUCUCUUUGAUCAGUUUGAGCCCAAAUCAAAAUCUGCAUCUCUCUGCCCAAACCAAACAAAUAUGUGCGUUUGAUUGAUAGAAUUGAGAGAAGAGGGUGAAAUUUGAAUUUUAAUUAAAAUUUUAAAAAAUUCUAUCAAAUAACUUUUUAUAUCAUUUCGAUUUUAGUUUAAAAAGUAAAAUUUUUUUUUGAAAUCAAAAAAUUAAAAUUCAUUAUAUUCUGAUCUUAGUUUAAAAAAUAAAUUUUCUUUUUAAAAUCAAAAAAUUAAAAUUCUUAAUAAAUGAAAUGAGAAUUAAAAUUCCAUAAAAUUAAAAUUUCAGUCCCAUUUUCCACCUCUACCAAACCAAACGUACUCUUACUUCACAGCCCAAAUCGUGGUUCUCUGCUGCCGCAUCACCCUCAACAGGGGGCCGCCGCUGAUCGGAGAACAUAAAUGAAGCUGCCGCCUCCAUCUGACCCUUCGCGGCCCCUUCACUCCGUUUUUGUUAAAGGUGGAGAAGUGAAAGAUGCUGAGGGAGAGCCAGUGAUAAUCGGAGUUGUAAGGCUUACAGGGGCUGGGGAUUGCUUGGUUGGUGCAACACUUGCUUGCAUCUCUGCAGGGUUGGUUGUUAUCCAGAGUUUGGCUGUUGGUAUAGCAGCCGCCAAAGCUGCUGUCGAGGCAGAGACCAAUGUGCCUGCAGAUUAUAGUUUGGCCAAGGUUGCAGGUAUGGAAUUUAUUUGCAGUUUGCAGGCUCAUAUGAACAUAUCAAGUAAUAAUUUUUUCAAUAAAAGUGGUAUGAAACAAAGGGGAUUCUGAAUGAGAUCCUUCUAUUUACCAAGGUGAAUGGUUGCGUUGACUGGCUUGUUACACUGAGUGAUGUUACAGUUAACUGAUGUAAAUAAUCAACGACAGCAUAUUUAUUCUCUCAUAUCUUAUGUAUCAACAAAAAAAGAAAGAAGAAGAAGUAUCCUUUCUCAUUGUAUAAUAAUUGGAUCUUAUGAUAACUUUGUUAGGGAACGAAUUAAGUGAUAAAAAAAAUUUGGAACAAAAUCGUGCGUUCAGACACAAGGCAUUUUAUGUGGUUCGACAAAGAAUGCCUACCUCCACAAGUGCACUAGAUGUUUUCACUAUUUCAGAAGGUUACAAUUAGAAGAAUUAUGCCCAUAUAUUUAUAGACAAAAAUUAGGGCAAAUAGAACUCUUAAUUUGGAUAGGUUUCUUAAUCCAUUUUGGUUUGGAAACAAUUUCCUGCUUAGGGUUUGGGGGCAUAAGGGCCGCUGCCCCCUUGACCACCAAUAGUUGACCACGCAAUGAGACCCCGGGCUAACUAGGCAUAGGUAUCAUAAAUUGAAUCAGCCUCCACGUUUCGAACAAACUUGAACUAGUUUUAGAUGCUAAGAAAGACAAAAAGGAUUUUUGUCCAUUAUGUGAAGUAGGCCUUGGCAAAAUUUCGUUUUGCCGUGACCUCUAGUACCCCUGCACUAUGAGGAUGUUUGUUAGCUUCAAUUAUGGUAUCUUCUUGUUAUCCUAUUUACUCUCCGACACUGGAAGUGUCAAUUUUCCAUGCAGAUGAUGAUGCCAGAUCUGUUUACUCUGCUGCCAAAAUGAUGUUCCAUCGAUCUAUGCUUUAAAUCAAUGUACAAUUGUACGAGGAGAUUCUUCCAACAGUAGUUGAUCUGGCCAGGCUGCUAGGCUGAUUUUUUUCUUCAAGCAAGAUAAACAAGUUUUAAGUUGAUUGAGAAUCAUGCUUGCCUUUCACUGGGUUCUCCGUUCAUAAUGCAAUUUGGGGCUGAAAAUUUGUCUACUAUAUGUCUUCUUGUGUUGUACCUUCUACCCGUGACAGUUCUGUACAUGUCGAGGAAAGCUUCUUGAACUGUCAGUUGAAUGCACGGCUAAGGCUGACGCUCCUGCUUGCUUUUGUGAGUUAGUAUCUAGAAUGAGAAGGUUGAGCACUUCCUAUUUGGAGUCUGCCUAAAGGCAAAAUUUUUCUCCAUGGUGCCAGUUUUUACUCCUUGGUGGAUUAUUAAAAGCUCAGAUGUGAGAGCAUCCCAGAUGUGUGUUGAAUUUGUCGAGUUCACCAGUGGAGAUCAUAUCAAUCGUAAAAGCUUUCCUUUUUUUGUCUUUUUCUCUAAUAAUUUGUUAAAAUAAAUUUAAUUAGCUAUCAUAGAUGUCAAUGACUUGUCAAUUAGUUCUUAUUUUUAAGAGUAAAUUCUUGUACAUUCCUCCUAUAAAAUGUAAAUGAAGAGGCUAGAUCUCAAUUAAGUUCUCUGAUUUAACAUUGUAUCAGAGUCUACCAUUACCAAA